AUGAGGAAGUUAUUAGUAAAUAUUUUAAUAUUUGUUUUUUGUGCUUGUUUUAUUACAUUGUCUGAUAAUGAUAUCUCUCCUAGAUAUUUUAACCAAAAGUUUACUUCAUUUAUCAGAUUAAGAGCUGGAAGUAAUGAACCUAGACUAAUGCUCCUUAAAAUAAAGGAUUUAAAAGAAAAGAUUAAGGAAUUAGAAGAGCAACUUAGGGGUUAUCUGUUAUUUUGGUCUGGUAAUUGUACAGAAGACUAUAAUGGUCGUAAUUUAAGAAAGAGAUGUAAAAAGACUAAAGAAGAAAUUAGUAAAAUUAGAGCUGAGCUAGAGCAGUUAAAGAGUCAAUUAAAGGAAUUACAGGAAUCUUUUUUAGGUUCUAGUUACGAUACUAGAUUGUGA